UAAACAUGGCGGCGCCCACGUGUCAAUGAACGUAAAUAUUUACAGCAAAGUAACCUUACCUGGUUGAACUCAAAAACAAUCCAUAAGUAGUUUCUUACUUCAACUGCAGCUUGGAUGUAUUGUAGACGUGCUGUGUGGAAGGCUUUCACUUUUAUCUUGAGAUUACCUGUGCACUUCAUGAAAUAAGACAAAGUUCAAGAUUCCUAGCACUGCAACGCUGACGAGUUCAGUACUUCAUAGAAGGUUUUUGGUUUCUGAGAAAGAUGUCCUACUUUGUGCAAUAUGUGGUUUUACGGAAAGACUUACUGAAAACACUUAAGUGGCCGUUCGGAGCUGUGGUCACGCAAGCGUGUCAUGCUUGUACUGCUGUUUUACAUGAGAACUACGGAGAUCCGAACACACAACAAUACCUGUCCAAAAUUGACGAGAUGCACAAGGUGGUCCUAGAGGCAGAUGGUGAGAGUGACCUUAGGAAGCUAGCAGAGUCUUUGACAGAAGCAAAAGUUGCCCACAAAUUGUGGACAGAGCAGCCAGAGGGAAUUCCCACGUGCCUGGCUGUCAUGCCCUACAAGAAGGAGGACAUUCAGUCCCAUUUCAAAGGGCUUAAAUUGUUUAAAUAACUUAAUUAAAUUUAAAGUGUAAAUUAUUUUGUAAUACAUGUACGUUGUUGCUUUAUAAAUUGUUACUACAUUUCUCUUUUGCAUGCCAUGACUUCAGAUUUAUUGAUUCAUUGGUGGAUUUUGAAAUAAUGUUUUUGACUUUUGCUGUAAAAUGCCAGACAUAAGCCAUAGAAAAAGUGCAAACUACAUGUGACUUAAUACAUCAGUAGUGUAACUCUGAAAAAAGACUUCAUUGUGACUCAAUUUUUCGGCAUUUUAUGUAGCCAUCAUUAGGAGAGCGUUUCCCUUCCCCUCCACCUCCUCCCACUGGCCCAGAUAGCACAGUUGGUAGAGCGUCCGUUUCAGGAGCGGUAGAUCCAGGAUCAAUCCUGGGUCGAGUCACACCUAAGACUUUAACA